AUGCAGGAUUUCCUUCUGGAUGGCCAGAAUAUACUCGAAGCCUCCGUCCGGCUAGUGGAAAGUUCCUUGGAUCAGUGGAUAGAUGUGCAAGUAGUCGAUACAUUGCGGAAUGAAGGGGAUGUCGUCGACCGACUUACAUCCAAUCUGUUCAUUCAUACUCGGAUCUUGAUUGGUCACAUCUUGAAGGCGUUGAGCCCUGGAUGGUGCCUCAGCAUAGAGGCCCAAGUGGUUGAUAAGGGACAAGGGGCCCGCAUGGACCAUCUCAUCAAGCUGGUCUAUGACGAAAAUGAGGACAGGGAGAAUGUCUUUGAUCAGAAGAAGGCUUCGCAAUUUGAUCGCAAGUGUCUGGUCAUUGUUGAGGAGAAGCGCCCUGGGUUUGUGAAGCCGCAAGAGUGGGUUGAUUUUGCUGUGUCCACGCUGGGACACUCCGACGGAGAGGUCAAGCCAUACCCUCUGGCUGCUAAUGAUGUGAAAAACCUGCAACCUGCUGUGCAUGCACAUUUACCCCAGGUCUUGAAAUAUGGAAAAAGUGUCAAAUGUGGACGGGUGUUGCUAAUCUCAUAUGGUCAAGCUGUAGCCUUACGAUGGCAUGGUGCCCUCAAGACGAAGGCGGGCCACACUGCUAUACAAGGCAUGGUCAGUCCAUUGGAAAGCCAAAGAAUAUGCCUCGCUGGAGGCGCUGGUUGA